GUUCCUGCGCUGGGCCUGCGCCCAGCCGGGCGGCGAGCAGCUGGUCGGCAGCUUCCUGCUGCGCCUGGCGGGCGACGGCGCGAGGGGGCCCGCCGCGGCGGCGGGCGGCGGGCAGGAGGGGCAGAGGCGCAGGAGGGGGCGGAGGGCGAGGGAGGCAGCGCAGGCGGCAGGGGAAGGGGCGGGCUGA